AUCAAUCAAGAAACCACGAAAGCGAAAGUCGCGAUUGUUUGGGGUUGGUGUAUUGAGGUGCGAAAUCCAUUCCUGUGAAAUCCCCAUCAAAAGCUGUGAUCCUUAAAAUGCGCCACUAAACAACAUCCACAGGACACUUGGAGGUUGGAUGUGCGUUCGCGCGUUUGUGUUUGUGUGUGGGGGUGAAGCACUGAAAUCUGCACCAUUCUAACUCCACCCAACACCGACCACGACGUCGACCAGGCGGACAAAGACAAGGGCUAGGAGGGCUUUCCAGUCCAAGAUGGAGUGUGACGAUGCGGCGGUGGAACGCCAGAAGCUGGUAUCGAACGAUGAGGAGGAUGAUCAGAACACGAUCACAAACCUUUCCUCCAGCGGGCAGGCUAAAUCCGUACAGACGCCUAUCUCACCCGUACUGAGUAACAAGUUGUUUUCCAGUGGCGAAACUAGCCGAAGCCAAAACUCCACCAGCUACUCCCUGGGGAAAGGCAUUACGAACGAUGCUCCACUGACGACGAAAGUCAACUAUGUGAACGAACGCAAAGCGCAGGAUACGAAGCCCAAGGCUAAGAAAAUCCAACGAGAGCUCACACCCACCGGUAGUAUUCCGACCACCAACACCAACACCACCACCACAACUGCCACCGUUGGCACCACCUCUUCCAGCACAAGUAGUAAUCUCCCGGACGGACCGAUCGUGACGGCCGUCCCGAACAGCAGCGCAUCCCGCCAGCUUAAAUCUCCACCGGCACAGUACCAACGCCCCAAGCCACCCGAUUCAUUACCCUCGCCGACAAGCAGUGGUAUAGGGGGUGGCGGUGGUGGUGGAAGCGGUGGCACAAAGCUACGCAACGCCCCUGGCGUCCAUCCCGUGUCGUCUGCCUCGGGCAGCUCAAUAACGCUCAAUGCAAAAUCGCACAAUUUCUCAUCCCGUCCAUUAAAGCACCAUUCUUUUAUAUCAGAGGUACCCGACGUGCGGCACAUGGAACGAGCGCUGCUGGGUUUGCUGGAGGAUUUCCAUUCGGGCAAACUGAAAGCUUUCGGUUCCGGCUGCACGAUGGACCAGAUGACGAAUAUCCGCGAGCAGCAGGAAAGUUUGGCUAAGCUACACUUUGACCUUGGCACAGAAGCAUUUACCGGUGGCAGCAACAAUCCGAACACCGACAACGAGCUGCAGGCCCAAAGCAAUAUGAAGAAGCUGGUGCAAAAGCUGGAACAGCUGUCCUUCUCGAUCGAGAAGCUCCAUUCAAGCAAUGUGGAGAAGUAACACCCGAACGGGAACAGACUGACUUAACACGACGUUAGUCUAUAACUAUGUAGGAUAAGUGCGUAAGGGAGAAAGGGGGUUCUCCGUUUCGAAUCUUCGAUUACGAACUGGAACUCGUAUCGGUGGCGGAACCAGGGAACAGCGACCGUUUCUUUCCUUCGUUCCGCGUUUUUACGCGCUGAGAAACAUACUUUGUACAUUUUGGGGGAAUAAAACACAAAUUUUUAUGUUAGCUCAGUUUUCCAUCUCCGACUGCAACGACGACAAACUAUCACCGGCGGGAACAUGAACAACCUUCGGUUUAGGCCUUCUUCUUGGCGAAUCCGAGAUCGUACACCAUCUUGAAAAUUCCCAGCACACCGACCACGCACAGGGAAGCGGUA